UGCUCUUUUAAACAAAGUUUAUGUGGUUCAAAAUAUUUUCCCACAAAAUGUGAGUAGUCAACACUAAAAAUGCAAGGUUUGUUUUUAACAUUUUUAAAGCUAGGUAUAUUUUAUUACUAGGUAUAUAUUAUUACAUAUACCUUGCUGGUGUGAGAAUUUAUAUCUUGAUUUUCAAAAUAAUUACAAAUUAUAUACUUUAUUCAAGAGAACAGCUUCGUAGAAAGAAUUUUGUUAUUACUAUGUUAUAACUACCCCCCCCCCCACAAGUAUCCAGGUUUUGUUGGCCACCAGAACUUUUUAAAGCAUGUCAUCAUUGACAGCGUGCAUGAGCCGUAAUUUGCAAUCCACGAGGUUUCCGUUCAAAUCCAGUGUUCAUAAAACGGUUGCGUUCUUGAACGCAGCUCGGAUUUGACUCUUGGAGUUUGACCGGGACCGCAAAGAGAACGCGAGCCAUUCCCACGCACCUGAAUCCAAGACUUCCUGCACUGCGAGCAUGGCGGAACCUCCGAUUAUCAUCUCGGACCAUCAAGUUGCUCGUUUGUUACCUCGCGGAGAGCUCAUCCUUCGUCUGGAGGAAGCUUUGGCCACAUUUUCACGCAGGGACAACUCGGAGGUGAUCCAACCAGUGAGGUCGACUCUCCCUCUGCAAAAACAUAACGGGUUCAUGUAUACGAUGCCGACGUACAUGGAAAACAAAGGCGUCUUUUGCACAAAAUUUGUGGCCCUCUACAAUCGGGAGAAAGCUUCGGCGUUGCCCUCGGUCCAAGCCACGGUGGUGCUGCUGGACCCCGAGAGUGGAAGGAUGAAGGCCGUGAUGGAGGGAAACGCCAUCACGUGCGUGAGGACGGCCGCCGUCUCGGCCAUCUCUGCAAAGCUGCUGAUGCCUCCCCGAGCAGAGGUGCUGGCCAUCCUGGGAACAGGACGACAGGCCCUGAGCCAUUACGACAUCUUCACUCAAAUGUUUUCCUUUAAAGAGGUGCGCGUGUGGGGCCGCACAAGACAAGGGAUGGACCGGUUUCAGGGAUCUGUCAAGGGUCCCAUGACCCGCUGCGAGUCCGCGGAGGCGGCAGUGACGGGAGCUGACGUCAUAGUGACGGUUACCUCAAGUUUGGAACCCGUGCUCUUCGGGAAGUGGGUCAAACCGGGAGCCCACGUGGCAGCGGUGGGAGCUUGCGGGCCGGACUGGCGAGAGCUGGACGACGUCCUGAUGAAGGAGGCGGCGGUUUACGUCGACAGCAGGGAGGGCGCCACGGCCGAGUCCGGCGACGUCAUCCUCUCCAAGGUGGAAAUAUUUGCAGAGCUGGGAGAAGUCAUCGCUGGACGGAAAGCUGCGCUUAGAGAGAAGACGACGGUGUUUAAAUCCCUUGGAAUGGGGGUUGAAGAUGCAGUGAGUGCCAAGCUGGUGUUUGACCAGUGGGAGGCAACCAACAACCAACCAUGAAGCAAUUUACACACACACACAUAUAUAUAUAUAUAUAUAUCUCCAUUUUCUUCGCCGCUUAUCCUCAUGAUGGGUCGCGGGCAGUGCCUAUCCCGGCUGUCAACGGGCAGGAGGCAGGGUACACCCUUUACGGGUUGCCAGACAAUUGCAGGGCACAUGGAGACAGACGCAGACACGAUCACACCUAUGGGCAAUUUAGAGUGUCGAAUUAAUGUUGCAUGUUUUUUUGGGGAUGUGGGAGAAAACCGGAGUGCUUGGACAGAACCCGCCUCACAGUUCUGAGGUCCUGGGUUCCGCCCGUGUGGAGUUUGGAUGUCUGCGUGGGUUUUCUCCGGGCAAAUUGCCCCGAGGUGUGAUUGUGAGUGUGACUGUUGUCUGUCUCCAUGUACCCUGCGAUUGGCUGGCAACCCGUUCAGGGUGUACCCCGCCUGCUGCCCGUUGACAGCAGGGAUAGGCUUCGGCACUACCCGCGACCGUCGUGAGGAUAAGCGGCAAAGGAAAUGGAUGGACAUAUAUGCUUACCACAGAUCCUUCCUUGUUCCUUGUAUCACUUUGCUCUGAGUCAAAUCAAGAUGGCUGGGGGUGGGUGGGACAGCUGCAUGAAUCUUAAAUGAAUACAUGAAUGAACAUAAUUGUAAGCAAACAUAAUAAAAUUGCAUG